GAACAACACCAGAAGAAGAGUGACCGGAAGUAUUUCUAUCACGCUAAUGAAGAUAAAAAAAAGGAAACUUUAGGUAACAGAGACAUCAGGCCAAACGAGAGGAAGUGGCUACGGAAGAAAUGGAGUUUCUGGAAACAACAGAUGCAGAUUAUAAAGAGGAACAAUGUCGUUUAAAGGACAAACAGCAACACAACAAAACCCAAGAUGCUGUUUUCAACCCAAAAGCUCUGCUUCACGGAAAAGUGUUCCCUGCAGAGGUUCAGCAGAUGGUGCUGAUUAAAGAAGAAGCUCUUGAAGUACAGAUACUUGGUAUGGAACAACAGGAUCCAGAGACCCUCAACAUAAAGGAGGAAGAGGAGGAACUGUGGACCAGUCAAGAGGGAGAGCAGUUUUGUGUGAAAAAGGAGUCUGAUGACACAGGGUUUGCAUUCACUGCUGUUCCUUUGAAGAGUGAGAAAGAUGAAGAGAAACCUCUGGUUUUACAGCUUCAUCAGCACCAAUUAAAAGAGGAAGAGCUUCCAUCCAGCAGCUCAGCUGACCAGAUAAAAGCAGCAACUGGUGGAGAGGACUGUGGAGGAGCAGAGACUACCAGGAACCCAGAUCUAAAUACUUAUGGAGAUGAUUGCAGCUCUUCAGAGACUGAAGUCAGUGAGGAUGAUGAAGGUGAUGAUGUGAAUGACUCUGACUUUCAGUUAUCAGACUCUGGGUCAGAAUCUGAAGAGAGUGACAAAGACUGGAAGGAGGGCAGAGCUCCUGAGUCAGGUGUAAACACUGUCAACAAAUCUUGCAGCUUCACUGAGCAUGAGAAACCGUUUCACAAGACAAGUCAGUCAGUGAUGUCUUCAAAUUGUUUGGCUAUCAAGGAAAGUUUUGAAGUAAAGAAAACUGGAGGCUCAAUCAAGAAAAAACAGUCAAGACAGAAUUCAUUUAGUUUCCUCUCCACCGGAGUUUUGGAGCCCCCUCAGGUCAUGCAGGGUGUAAUCUCCCUGGAUCCAAGCUCUGCCGGUCACCGCAGCAGAUCCUCCAUGCUGCUGACUCGGGGCUUGGGCUUCGGAUCUCGGCCUUGCGUGCUCUGUGGGCUCCGAUCUCUGCUGGUCACCAUGGAGGAUCAUACGAGCUGCUGA